UCCCCCAACAUAUCCUCAACCAACACACAACCCGAAUAAUUCAACACUGAUUUGCUAGCGAAGGAGCGAGCGACAGAUGGGAUGCCAAAAACUGAGUCGAUUAUCGUCAUUGGGACUUGUGGAGGGGUUAAGAUCUGAAUAACGGCGAGAUAGCAGGAUCAGAUCAGAGUGAGGAGAGCCGGCAACGAACAGCCCGAAAAGCUGUGUGCUUUCUCUCCAUCAACUUCCCCAAGGGCUGCGCAUGCAGCCUGUGUGUGAGUUAGUGGCACUAGUAUUGUUCUGACUUCACUAGCUACAGUGCCCACUCCUAGAGAGAGAACGCACAACAAAAGACAAGAAAGGAAGGAAGCACGGAGUAACUAACGAAGACGGUUGUCGUUGAAAGUAAUGGUCCUGCGAUACCAAUCUUAGAUUCCAAGAUUUCUCUCUUUUUGUUAUUUUGCCUUGAGUCUUUGUAGCGGUGAGGGGACUCGCCGUGUGGUGUUGCGCCGAGCAGAAGCGGGGCUGUCCACAUGGUCCAGCCACUGGUGUGAAAGUUGACUUCUUCAGAAAACAAGAACAGGUGCCACGUGAUGAUGGUGGAAUCAGCCUCUGAGACCAUUCGAACUACGACCUCCAAUCAGAACGGAGUCAGCAACCUCAGCAGCCAAUUGGAUGGCGGGGGAGGGAGAGAAGGCGGGUCCAACGGAGACAACAAUGGGGAGAUCAGCCCAGUGGACCUACUGCACCUCCAGCAGCAACAGGCCCUCCAGGCAGCCAGACAGUUCCUUCUCCAACAGGCCUCUGGACUCAACUCCCCCAGCAGCAACGAGGUUAAACAGAGCCCUGUGCAGGUGCCAAUGUCCAUGGCUAUGUUGACCCCCCAGAUGAUCAGUCCUCAACAGAUGCAGCAGAUCCUGUCCCCUCCUCAGCUACAGGCCCUGCUGCAACAACAACAGGCCCUUAUGCUUCAGCAGCUACAGGAGUACUAUAAGAAGCAGCAGGAGCAGCUGCAUCUUCAGCUUCUGACUCAGCAGCAGCAGCAGGCUGGGAAGCAGGCAGCCAAAGAGCAGCAGAUAGGUAACAAGCAGUUGGCUUUCCAGCAGCAGCUCAUUCAGAUGCAGCAACUUCAACAGCAGCACAUGAUCAACCUGCAGAGACAAGGCCUGGUCUCCCUACAGCCCACUAACCCCAUGCAGAGCCUGCAGCAAGCCAUGUGUCCUGGGGACCUGCAGCAGCUGUGGAAGGAGGUGUCGGGGGUGCAGUCUGCAGAGGAGGCCCUGAAGCAGCAGCACACUGGAGAGGGUCUGGACCUCAGCACCAACUCUACCUCAACCUCUUUCCCCAAAGCAAACACACACAGCAGCCUGCACAGCCUGCACAAUGGACAGGACAACCACACCCCAAAGAGAGACAGGUACAGAGACAGAGCAAGACUCUUUGAAUGGAUCUCCUCCUUCAGCAAGGCAGACCUCGGAGAUGAACACCUCACGCCUUACUCCAAAGGUGGCCCGCUAUCCAAUAGCCACCACGAGGAGCAUGCAGGUUCCCAUCCUCUCUAUGGCCAUGGAGAGUGUAAAUGGCCUGGCUGCGAGGCGCUAUGUGAUGACAUGGGACAGUUCAUCAAGCAUCUGAACAAUGAACAUGCUCUGGAUGACCGCAGUACAGCCCAGUGCAGGGUACAGAUGCAGGUGGUCCAACAGCUGGAGAUACAGCUGGCCAAGGAGAGUGAGCGGCUGCAGGCCAUGAUGACCCACCUGCACAUGCGCCCAUCGGAGCCAAAGCCUUUCAACCAACCUCUGAACCUGGCAUCCAGUGGCUCCCUGCUGAAGAGGGAGAGCGAGGUGUACCCCGAGGGUCUACCUCACCCCCCCACCUCCGCCACCACCCCCAUCACCCCGCUCCGCCAGGGCCCCUCUGUCAUCAGCUCCUCCAGUCUGCACUCACACUCACACCCGCACGGCGUGGGACCCAUACGCAGGCGCAUCGCAGACAAGUUCUGCACCCCCAUCGCCUCAGGUAUACGAGAGGAGCUGGCACAGAACUGUGAGUUCUAUAAGAACGCUGAUGUCAGACCUCCCUUCACCUACGCCUCUCUCAUACGCCACGCCAUUCUGGAGGCUCCAGACAGGCAGCUGACUCUUAAUGAGAUCUAUAACUGGUUUACACGAAUGUUUGCCUACUUCAGGAGAAACACAGCCACAUGGAAGAAUGCUGUGCGCCACAACCUGAGUCUGCAUAAGUGUUUUGUGAGGGUGGAGAACGUGAAGGGGGCCGUGUGGACGGUGGACGAAGUGGAAUACCAAAAGAGAAGACCACCAAAGAUGACCGGGAGUCCUACUCUGGUGAAGAAUAUGAUUUCAGGCCUGGGCUUCGGUUCCCUAAACGCCAGCUACCAGGCGGCCCUUGCAGAGAGCAGUUUAACUCUACUGAACAGCCAGGGCCUGGUUAACCCCUCAUCUGCCGCCAGCCUCAACAUGCUGCAUGGGAUGGGUCAUGAUGAUGUCAGCUCCACUGUGGAACAGGUCAACAGCAACGGCAGCUGCAGCCCUACACUCAGCCCACAGCAGUAUGGACACCAGGUCCAUGUGAAGGAGGAGCCCACUGAGAUCGAGGAGGACAGCCGCUCCAUGUCGCUCAUGGCAACUGUCACUCAGAACAUGGCAUUGCCUAGCGAUCGCGAUGACCACGAUUUGGAUGAUGAGCUUCCCACCGAGGAGCUGGAGUAGGAUUGGAUGAGCUGAACCAGUGGACGGGACUUUGAGGUUUAAUCCCACCCGCUCCAUUGGAGUGAAGCGAAAUGAUGACCACGUAAAAAAACAAGAUAGAGAUAAAAAAAAAAGAUAAAGAUCAUGAUUUUUAUAAAGCAAGAAACCAACAACAUUGACAAACAGGGUUAGACCUCCAUUACAUACCGACGCAAAAAUAACACUCUGGAGCAUUGCUUUAUUCCCACACAUUUUCACCCACCUCACCCCCUCCUCCUCACCCCCUCCACCCUCACCCGAUGAGCAGCGUAUUGUCAGAGAGACAGCUCUCAGUGGUGAUAUGGAGGGAGGGUCCCCUCUCCUCUCUCCUCUCCCUGUUGAUUCACACAGAUGGUCUGCCCGCCCUACAGUCCUUUAGUGCUGGUAGUUUGAUGUUCACACCACUACAAUAUACAUACAGGUGUGUGAGAGAGAGUGUGGAGAGACACACACAUCAGAUCAUGUGUAUAUAUUGUUUGGAACAGUCACCAGGAGGUGUAUAACUCUCCUCCUCUUCUCCGGUCAUGUUAGUUUCUUUUUCUUUUCUUCUUUUGCCUGAAAGAACUGCUGGGCUUAUAGAUGGAAGGAAGAACAGCGGUUUUCUCAAGGAUUCACCUGCUCACACAUCAGAAACCAAGCUUACAAACCAGUCAGUGAUCCAUAGGUGGGACUGAGACUGGAUUGCAGGAUUCUGCCCUAUGCCCACUCUCUAGCCAUUCUCUGCCCUAUGCCCACUCUCUAGCCAUUCUCUGCCCUAUGCCCACUCUCUAGCCAUUCUCUGCCCUAUGCCCACUCUCUAGCCAUUCUCUGCCCUAUGCCCACUCUCUAGCCAUUCUCUGCCCUAUGCCCACUCUCUAGCCAUUCUCUGUCCUAUGCCCACUCUCUAGCCAUUCUCUGCCCUAUGCCCACUCUCUAGCCAUUCUCUGUCCUAUGCCCACUCUCUAGCCAUUCUCUGCCCUAUGCCCACUCUCUAGCCAUUCUCUGCCCUAUGCCCACUCUCUAGCCAUUCUCUGCCCAAGCCAGACAAGACUCUCUUUACUCAUUAUGACAAACAAAUAAAGAAGACAUUGUUUCCCCCCCAAAAAAGACCCUUUGGUGCUUUACUCCUCCUUCAUGUGUGAGAGUGAUGGGCACAGGGCAACCUGAGAGGGGGAGGAAGGAGAGAUCAUCCACACAGAGAUAUCUGACUAAAAUAGUUUAUUAUGGAAUUUAUUAUGGAAUAGAAAACAUUUUAUAUCCAAAAAGUGGUGGCUUUUUCACUUCCUUCUUUCUUUGAUGUUAUCUUCAUUUAUUUUUUAGGAUUCAUAUUUCCAUGGUGAUAUAAUUCUGUUUCAAAGUGUAUUUUGUAAAAAUUUAGUUUUUAGUUUUUAUUAACUCUGCUUGUUCACACCAUUCCAAACUAGUAUUGGUGGCAAAGAAAGUGCAGUAUUGUCCCAAAAUUCCCUAUACCCCAGCCCACCAUGAAUACCUUUCUGUGUGUCUGGGUUUGCCAGUUUAGAUGGCAGGAGAUUGAGAAUAGCACUUAGAAUCGAGGGCCUCAGCUCCUGAGAACACUCACCAAUAAUCCCAACAUUAUCAUCCAUUUGUAUUAUUCCUUUUUAACUAACUUUCAUUCCUUUUUAUUUUAUCUUCUCGUAGUUAGUUGAGAAACAUCAGCUGUGAUACAAAGCAAUGCUUGAAAAAAUAUAUUAUGGCAGUCAGAGAAUACCUCAUCCCACAAAUUUCUGCCCGGAAGUGUGUGCAAAAUGUUAAAGAAGUAAGGGGGAAUUCUUUGUGUGGGACACCAAAACGUGGCAACUCUGCUCAGUUUCAUUUCAAAGUUCUAUUGUUACUAUAGUUACUGUAUAGAAGCUGUCUGCAAUUCACUGUGUGAGUUGAACUCAAAGGAAUAGCACGUGAGAUUUAAAGUCUUUUGUUUUCAGUGAGCAUAAAAGCAUUACCUUCUCUGCAGUGCCAUACCAAAUUUAAACACGUUAUUUUUUAUGUAUUUUCUGCUUUUUCUCCCAUUUUAUUUUUGUUACAGGUAACCAAAGAAAUGUGUAGAAAACCAAAAACCCUGUAGUUUAUUUUUCCCCUUUUGAGUUUUUCCUCUAAAGAACUGGCCAAAAGACAAUAAACAUCUGACAUUUAAAUGAUUAUUGUAUUAUCGUAACUCUUACGUUGAAUUUGUUCAUGACAGUACUGACCAUUCCAAAAACCAAAGUAUAAAAUGCUAAAUAGAAUUUGGUGAUGUUAAAAUCUUUUUUACAUAUGUUUAACUGGUGCAAAUGACGACUAACAUUAGGCAUGCUAUGGUUGAAGGCCAAAAACAGUAUUAACAAACAACACUUUUGCAGUUCCAUAGAUAAAGAAAGAAAGCACUUAGGAUUUAAAUCUCUAUCUCUCCAUGCUCAGGCUACCUGUGUUUCAAACACAACCCUAUGACAGGCUCUGCUGUAGGCAAGCCUAAGAUGGGAUUCAGGGUUAAAGAUGACUAAUAAUUAUCUUACCCUCAUUAGGCACUUGAACACAACAUUUAUAUACCUGUAUGUGACACUAGAAGCCAGCAAAAAAAGAAGUGGGCUGUUGUCAGUUGUCCAUUAACUGGGAUACCGUGUAAAACAAAAAUACAUUUUUAUUGCACUGUAAUAAUGCAUGUUUUGAUUAAUUUCCUCAACCAAAACAAUAUUUUCAUUGUGAAACUCUAUACAUUCAAACAUCCCUUUGUGCUAUGCAGGAGAAUGUCAUUUUUCUGACCCGGCUCCCGGUUUGAUUGAAUAGGACCAAAAGUCCCAUUGUCUAGCAGUGAACAGUUUACUUAAUGUACUUUCUUUACUCCUCACCUACAGUAUACUCUAGCAGACACAACAGUUUAACAAAUACCAAAAAGGACAGGUGUUAUAAUAAAUAGGAACAAAAUGAUAAUGUUUCGCUCUUAUAAUGUCUUCAUGCUCUCACGUUGCUAUAGAAACACGUUCAUAAUCCCCUAGUCUGUGAGUAGUUGUGAUAGAGACUGCUUGAAGCUGGCUGUCAUUCCAAACAUCACAUCAGUAGACAAACGGAGGGUUUUUCAGAACAGACAUACCAUUAUGACCAUUUGUGAUAUUUACAGCAAAGAGAGAACAACUGACAAAUGACAAAAUCAUACCAAUGUGAAAGGAGCACACCAAGGGACAUGUCAACUUAUGUCUUUUUUCUAAAACAAAAUUUGGGAACAGUUUUGUCAAAUCAACUCUUGCACCAUUUUCUUUGUUUUUUAAUAAAGGAGUCUUUGUAUUGACUUCCUGUGUAAAACAGCACUGUUUCCUGUAGAAGUAGCGUUAUGAUGCUUCACGUCAUCAGACUGAUUUAUAACAAACAAAGUGGGAGAGGGACACCGAGAGUAAAAACCAAAAAUAACACUACCUCCUUUUCAAAAUGGUUCACAAUAAAAGCAAAUGGGAGACUGGAGACCAGAAAUAUGUCUGGUUUAAAAAAAAAAUCUUCCUCAAUAAUAAUAGUGAAAUAUACCAAAACACAGCUUACUGUUAAUACACAUUAAGUGGGGCUGAAAAAGCUUGUCUGGCUAUCUGAACUCCAAAUUCAUGAGCGUGAGCGCAAAAACAAAGAGACGUUACAACAACAUUACACCCCGUUAAAGAUAGACUACCUCUCCUAAAACACCAGAUAACUGGUGCGUUCUCCUAAGAGUGAAGAGUGAAGUGGUCACCAUGUUUAAAAGGUCUACUCUCAGCUGUGUAUUAUUGGCUCUCUCCGUACUGUCCAUUAUCAUAAAACUCUGUGAAAAGCCUCUUAACUGGGUGCUCUAAUUGUAUGCACGCAUAUUUAUGAGCCGGCUUUGCCGGCAGCCAAUGAUAGUCCAGUCGUUAGCUGCGACUCAAUGGGGCAGGAAGCUGGUUGUCAGGAGUGAUGAUGGGCAGAAUGUAUGAGUGCCCUGCACCCGCCAUUGGGCCACACACACACUAGUACACGCCAGCGGCCCACACUACACAUGAAUGGAGAGAACAGCUUUAAGAUGGCAGCGAUAAAGGAAACACACUCACCGGCUGUAGUCAGUGUUCAGUCGAAAGGGCCCUUAGUAUCAGUCAAUAAGCCUCAGAGCUGGGAAUUAAAGCCCUGUGACAUGGAGCUGGCCCUUCACGGCGAAUAGUGGCCCCUGUCACUAGGAGCCGGGCCCCUGUUGGCCCCUUGGUUCAGACAGCUGAGGAGAGGCUCUGAGUAACUGAAGAUACUAUCCAAAGACAAACACAGAGCUUGCUGGGAGACGGACAAUAAUAACAGCUUACAAAGGAAUGAAUGAUUACUACUACUAUUAUUGUUAUGAUCCAAACUCUCACGAAAGAGGCGCUGCUGCAUUCAGUAAAUAUAUGAUGUUUGAAUUCUCAUCCUUUAAGGUACACCUGUUUGCCAAGCUGUUUUAUCAAGAUGUAGAUUGACAUUCGUUGAUGAUGUUGACAGAUCGCCAUAGACACUUCUGUUCCUUCUCUGGUUUGGCUGUUAUGAUGUAUUAUUCUAUAUUAACACUUGGCUUAGCUCUCGAGGGCAUUCUUUACCAUUAUGUCUUUUUGAUUUUCUCUUUUCUUCAUUUAGUUUUUGUAAAGCUUCCAGCUUGGAUUCCUAUACUGUAUUGCUAAUGCUGAAGUGUAUGUAUUUAUCAUAUUAAGUGCUGCAGGUAUCUUUGUUGAAUAGUUAUUCCUUUCUUUUUUUCUCUCGUUUUCUUCAUAAAAACGUCUGGGACGAUGAUUUUUUAAGUGUAUUAUCUCAAAAAAAAUAAAAGAAUUAAAGUUAGAUAAGUGGUUUAGGUAACAGCUGUUUGUAUAUUUAUCUUAGCUAGGUCUAUUUUGAUACCUUUUGUCUCUGUACUGCAUUUUUAAGGAAAGAAAAAGAAAAACAACAGUAAAACAACAAGUUGACUUCGUUAUGUAUUGUUGAUACCUCAGAAGGACUUUUCUCUAAGACAGGACCAAAACCUCAGAAAAAAUGAGAGAAAGAGGAAAAUCAUUGAAGAAAAUAUGUAGCCCCUCUCUUGCUUUUAAAGAUGGACCAAUGUAAAGGUGAUGUUGUGGGUCCUUUAUGUGCCAAUAUGUGUCCUCUGACCCCUGACCACAGUCAUUCCUUUGAUGACCUUUAACUUACAGCGGUCAAUCACUCAAUAGGACAACUGGGCGUGGCCCUCAAUCAAACACCUGAUGGCAUUUGUCCAAUUAGAAUCCUAACCAAAGGUGUUGUGAGUGGCCAUGGCUUACAAGCUAACAGACCACCACAACCAUAACCACAACCGUAACCAAACCAACCCUAGGCACUGAUCUACCACAAGCUACUUCCCAUACCUCAAACCAUUCUUCGCUAUCACCAUCGCUAUCAUCUCUUGGACAAGCACUCUUCCUAUUGGAUCAUUAGUGACUCCAGGGACCUAAUUGGCCCCGCCCCUGCUCUAUGAUUGGACAGCUCUUCGGUGUCAUGUUGAGGAAAAGGGAACGUAAAGGACAGUUGCCCAUGUUAUUAUGAACUUCACAGCCCCCCCAAAAAAUGGAACUACCACUUCAGCUGUCCUCUGGCUGUCCUCUGGUUGUAUCUUAGGAAUGUGUGUACAUUCAGCUGUCCUCUGGUUGUAUCUUAGGAAUGUGUGUACAUUCAGUGACUUUCUGUAACAUUACUUAGUUUCUGUUUACCUCUCUUUUAUCUUUUUAUUUUGUUCUGUUUCUUCAUUUUUUGAAAGUGUGACCCAGGGGAAUUGGUAAAGUAGGAGCAGGCAGUGGUUUUUAAGAUGGUCUAAAAGAGGUUUUAAAAAAGGCGACUUUGCCACCGAGACCUUUGCCCUUUCCCCCUUCCCUGGGUGGCCAUGUAAUGCCAGUCACUGCCCUUUCCCCCUUCCGUGGGUGGCCAUGUAAUGCCAGUCACUGCCCUUUCCCCCUUCCCUGGGUGGCCAUGUAAUGCCAGUCACUGCCCUUUCCCCCUUCCCUGGGUGGCCAUGUAAUGCCAGUCACUGCCCUUUCCCCCUUCCCUGGGUGGCCAUGUAAUGCCAGUCACUGCCCUUUCCCCCUUCCCUGGGUGGCCAUGUAAUGCCAGUCACUGUCCUUUCCUCAUGCUGUAUAAAACACACAUAUAUCUGUGUAUUUGUAACCUGAAUCUUCUUGUGUCUGUCCAUGCAGACAAUAAAACAACUGUACAGUAGGUCUAGUUGCAUGUAAUCUGUACUAAUUAUUGACAAUGGCAUUAUAAAAUGCAAUAAAAUACUUAUUACACUGUC